CUCCCUCCUGUCUGCUGCCUCUCCCUCGUUCCCUCCCUCCUCCCUCUCUUCUUCUGGGCCCAUCCGUCUCAGAGGAAAGUCCCUGACCCUUAAUCGAUGUUUGUCACCAGAAAUUAUGUCACUUAAACUCCCGUCUGCGUCGGCGGAGCUGUGAAAAUACAUUUGAACGCCUCGCAGCUUCGAGAGAGGAGGAGGAAGAAGAAGAGCGGGAGUACUUGUUGUGAGCGAUGCAGAGGUGAGUGGAAAGCCGACUCGCUCUUGUUGUGUGUCCGUGAAUGUUACUUCUAAAGUUACACGUUGGCUGAAGUUCCUGUUCCCGCGACGUUUUGUAUCCAGCGGUGUUCAAAACAAAACAGAAAAAAAAAAAAAAAGAAAAAAAGAAAAACCCCGCCUGGUGUGUGAGUGAGGCGGACGGACGCUGCAGGGUGUUGGCGAAACAACAAUGUCUUUGACCUCACUGGAGCUGGUGGAACAGACAUUUUUGGACUAACAAUAUGCAUUCCAGUGUGGACAGACCAGCAAACAGAGGACCACCCCUUGGCAGCAACAACAAUAACAACAACAGCAGCGAAAACAACGGAAACUCAGGUUCCCAGUAUGCACUGUGUGCUCUGGGGGUCGGGCUCGUUGCCCUCGGCAUUGUGAUGAUUGUGUGGAGCGUGGUACCUGUGGACGCUUCCGUGAAUAGCAGCAGCAGUUCAGGAGGACACAAUGAUACAAGCAGCAGGAAAAAUAAAGCGUCGUCUGUGGCGUUUGUGUUGGUGGGAUCAGGUGUCGUCAUGCUGCUGCUGUCCGUGUGUCUGGGAAUGAGGAACAAACAGCGGGAGCAGAUGAGGCUUCAGGAGGCCCAGAACAACGCAGGAGCGGCAGCAAGUGCACACGAGGAAAGAGAAACGGCUGAGGAACAAGCCCAGCGUUUUGCUGUACCAUCGUAUGAGGAGGCAGUAGGCAGUGGCCAGUACCCUGUCCGUCAGAGCAACCUGCGCCCAAGCAACUCCCAGCUACCUUCCUACGAUGACCUGGUCCAAGUCGAUGGCGUACAGUAUGAAUUCGAGGGGUCAGAGGUCACGGCUCCUGGGUUGCAGCCGGCGCCAACUCCUGCUACUGCUGCUGCUGCUUCCACAUCAAAUCGAAGACCUGGGAAAACCGGCCGCAAGCUCCUCCCUAUCAAGAUCCGCAGGAUUAAAUCGGAAAAGCUGCACAUGAAAAACUUGGAUAACUCUCAGCCAGCAGCUGGAAUCAGCAUAGAACCACUUACCCCACCACCGCAGUACGAGGAUAAAGUGCCACCGAUUUAAGAUCCAGCUGAUCGUGUUUGAGACAUCCUACUGAAACUCAUGAAAUAGUCUCUGACAGGUGGACCCGGAUGGACCUUGUUAAACCAAGACUUGAAGGUGGCUGUUUCUUCAGAACAUUCUCAGUGGCUCAGUAAUUCAUCAUUCAUGCAACAUCGCUCCAAAGCACUGAACAGAGAAAUCUUUAUGUUUUUUCUAAUUUUGGAUCUCACUGGAUCUCUGAAACAGAAGCGUGACGGACAUAGUUGCUGGAUCCAUCAUUACUGUGACAGAUUCUGUCGCACUGUGACACUUUGGGUUAAAAGCACACGCCAAAUACAGUUUUCCUUUCUUGUCAAAGUAUUUCUCAGUUUAUGCUUUAUCUUCAUGUAACCCACUCCCCAGUGGACUGGGUAGGGAGUUGACAGUGGAAGAGAUCACAGAACAUCAACCAGGAUUUGUGUGGACACUUGCGGGGCGCUUCUCUUGUGAAGUAGCGGCUGUUUAGACAGUUUUUUCUUUUUCAUCUGGGAGACUCUGGAUUGUGACUGCCAGUGAUUAACCAAACAUAUGCCCCAUGGUGAGUGACUGAGCAUUGUGUAAACUCAACUGGAUUGACCUGAUGUGAUGUGAUCUACUCAGAAACUCUCCCUCAUUGUCAACAGAAUUGUCUCUCCUGGUCCUCCAGAGCUUUGCAGCUCAGAGCUUCAAGACAAUGUUUAUUGGUGUUGCACAGAGCCCGGCCACUAACCCACUUCCAUGUUAGCCUCUGUUUAGGUUUCAGUUAAAAUUGUUUAUCUGCCUCCUUGAAAAGCUAAAAAACAGGUUUUACGCUACAUAUUGUGAAAUGAGGUCUUUGGACCAAACAGUUUAGGAAUCUCUUAUUUUCAAUCAAGAUAAUACACAGCUCUGUUAGCAUUUAUCAGCUACAGCUCCCAUGACUCUCAGCCAUAGGCACUCUACCAAAACCUAGGAAAUGUACUGUUUAAUGCUAACAAAAUGUCACUUGUUUUAUCUUAGUUAUAAUAUCAAGACACUUGAAUGUUAUGGUCGAGUACAGCAGUAUAUUUAUUUAACAGUCCCGGUUUUAUGCUUCACUUCACAACGACAAAUAAAAGAAACUUGGAAUAUUUAUCUUCAUCUGAGUAAACAAGCUGUUCUCGGAAGAUAAUAAGGUAUUCACAACACUGUUUGUUGCUUAUUUAGUGUAUUCAGUCAUAAAUAUGAAGUAGUUUAUUUUGUUUAAAAAAAAAAAAAUCACUCAAUGAAGAUUUUUCUCUUUUAAACAAAAUGUUUCCUAAAAUGACACGGUGCACCUUUAGGGCUGGUGGAACACAAGCUCGCCUGUAAAUCGGAGUGCUGCUUCAGCUGUUCAUGAUGUUAAGGAUGGUGACAUUUCUUUACUGAGCAGGUCGCAGUUAGCAAACAGCUUCCAAGCAACAUCUAGCAGCUACUGAAUAAAAUUGGCAUGACACUGGCGCCUUGUUUUGUGCUAAGUGAUACAUGUAGGGCCAAAUUCAAUGUGUUUUUAGCGCUGCUUUGGAUUCCAACAAAUCCUAAAAAGUAUAGCUGGGACUUAAUCCUGCUAAAUGCUUAAUUCUCCUCAUUAUUUAGCUUGCUAAAUGCUAAAUGGUCCUCACGAAGAACUUGUUUACUUUGGCUAAGGAUUUAGUAUUCAGGCUGAAAUGUAUAUUUAAACCAAUGGUCAUCAUGAAGGUCAUCAUUAGGUUACUUUUUAAGAGCGACUUAUUUCAUGUUGCCCUCAAGGAGUGCUAAUGCUAACUGACUGCAGCUCUGGGUUUGCCCUCCAGUCGUACACACUGAAGUGAAGUGUGUUUGUGUUCAGAACAACGCUGCUGCUGCUCGUGAAACAUUUCAAAAGACGUACGACUGAAACCUGAGCUCUAAUGUGUUUCCCCUCGGCGCAGUUGUCGCCAUUCGUCUGUGUGAGAGCGUGGAUAGCUGCAAGCGUCGGCCCCGUAGCCAUGGUGAACGCCGCGGAGCUGUGAAGGCAGCAGUGUCGUCUCCGCUUCUCUCCGGGCUUGUUUUUGUUCUUACCAGCGAUGACCAACAGAAAGACUCUUUGACUGUGCAGCUGCAGCGUAAUAACAGCAAAACUGUUGCUCACUCGCUUACUCAUCGCCAUUCCUCCAACCACAGCUUGUCUUGCAACCCAGUUCUCACUUUGAGGUAUGCAGGCAGCUCUGAGGUCUCUUUAGGGGGAAUUUUUGAGUUCUAUUGCCAUACUUUUUAUUUUUUUUUAUCAAAUAGGCUGUCAACAAACUUUUCUUUCUCCUUCAGGCUAGAUGCGUUUCGAUAUGAACAGCAGAAGCCAGGUGGAAUAUUUUAUAACUGACUUCAUCACCCAGUCCUACACUGUCUACUUGAAGUCUAACUCUGUGUAGUUAAUGCCACUCAAUCAUUGUCAGCUGGUUUUAGUGUAUGUUGAAAGGUUUUGUGUUAAGCCUGAAGACACAAAGUCAUUGAGUGACUUCAGGUUUUGUGAUUGGUUCACAGCAAGCUGCAGUGUGCCAGCAUGACUCUGACUUAUUUUUGAAGUUGAAACUUUCCACACAAUGUAUUAAGUUUUUAUUUUUUCGUCAUGUUCAGUGCUGCAGACAGAGUCGUUGUACCUCACUUUUACAAAAGGGCCGGUGACUACAUGAUUGAUUUCAUUAUUACGUGAUCCAAAUGUUUGACAGUGAUAAAAAAAACUUUGAGUGUUUUGAUGUAGCGGUCACUUACUGCCUAAAUUGGAUGAGUGCCAGAAACAUGCUAUUUGUUGUCCGUUUCCUUCAUUGUCGCCUUUUUUUUAUGAAUCUAUAUUUCUUUUAUAUGUACUGUGAAAAUGUGCUUUUCUAUGAUAACUCUUAUUUUCUAUUUUUCUGAAGAGUGAAAAAGUCUCAUGAACAUUUUGUGAGAAAUAAAAGGAAGUAUUUGUUAAGUAACCUAA